CCUCGACUUGACAAAAACCCACCCAGACCUCCGUCCUCGAGAUAGGAUUCCCAAAGAAAUCGCCUCCCAUCGAUUCGAUCUCCAGUAGGUGCGAGAGAACGGCAUAGAUAUAGGGGAUUUGGAUCCUGAAAUGUCUCUCGCCGGAGACGCUGGUCUUGAGAAGGAUCCGGCGGUGGCGGUCGGAGAUGAGAAGGACCCCUCCAUCGUCUGGGAGAAGGAGCGGUAGCUUAAUCGCCAGGGCCCAAUCGGGAGAAGAUUUUUCGCCUUUACUGGAAUCGCUCUGGGGAUUGAGGAAAUGUCGACGAAGGUGCGGAACGGCGGGGACGCGGUGGCGAUCACGGCGACGGCGGCGGCGGCGGAGGUGAAGGGCGGGGUGCAGAUCGAGGUGGAGUUCGCCGAGUGCGAGUGCUGCGGGCUGAUGGAGGAGUGCACGCCGGCCUACAUCGCGCGGGUCCGGGAGCGGCACGGCGGGCGGUGGGUCUGCGGCCUCUGCGGCGAGGCCAUCAAGGACGAGAUCUGCCGCGCCGGGCGGCGGAUCUCCACGGAGGAGGCGCUCGACCGCCACAUGAGCUUCUCCCGGGACUUCCUGUCCGCGUCGCCACCUGCCAACCCGGCGGAGGACCUCAUCGCCGCCAUGCGCCACCUCCUCCGCCGGAGUCUCGAUUCGCCGAGGGCUCUCCGGUCCACCCCCACCAGUCCCCGCGGCAAAGAAGAGGACAACGGCGGCCGCCGCAGCUCUCUCGCGCGAUCCGAGAGCUGCUUUCCUUCUCUGGCUCGUUGAGGGCGGUGGGCGAAGCCCGCACCGCCAAGAGGUACGGGGAAAGGAGGACAAGCUCUAAGCGAGUAACCCGACCAAAUACCAUUUUAAUAAAAAAAUUCUUGGAUCUCUCUUUAGUAUAAUUGUCAGGUUACUAAUUCUCCGGAGAAUUAGAAUAAAUACGCUAGAAUAUUAAUCUUUUAGUUUUAUUUAGGUUUUCUGCUUCCAGCCUAUUGUAAAGAUUUCGAUGGAACAAGUACGACGCAGAAAUAAAGAAAAUGGAAGAAAAUUUCCCAUUUUUCUGAA